AUGCCGUUCGUGAUCGGCCACGAGACGGUCGAAAAGCUGGGCAGCAUCGGCACGGCCGCCAACCUCAUGAUGUACCUCACCUCCGUCUUCCACAUGACCAACGUCCACGCCGCCAUGGCCCUCAACGCAUUCAGCGGCACCACCAACCUCGCCACCGUCGGCAUCGGCUGCAUUGCCACCUUAAUCGAGUAUUGCGCCUCGCAGGGCAUGAUCAUACUCACGUUGACAGCUGGGGUCUCGACGCUGCACCCGCCGGCGCACGCCGGCGCGACGAGACUGCAGCUCGCGGUGCUGGUGCUGGCGUUCGUAUUCAUCGUGGCCGGCGCGGGCGGCAUCCGCCCUUGCAACCUCGCCUUCGGCGCCGACCAGCUCGACCCGCGCACCGACCACGGCCGCCGCGGCAUCAACAGCUUCUUCACCUUCACCAUCGCCGUCUGCGUCUCGUCCACGGCCAUCAUCUACGUGCAGAGCAACGUGAGCUGGUGGGUCGGGUUCGCCAUCCCCGCCGCGCUCCUGCUCGUCUCAUGCGCGCUCUUCUUUGCCGGCGCCAGGCUCUACGUCCGGGUGCGCCCCGAGGGCAGCCCCCUCGCCAGCGUCAUCCGUGUCGCCGCCGCGGCGUUCCGGAACCGGCAUGUAGCCGCGCCCGAUGACCCCGGCAAGUCGCUCUUCAGGACGCACCACGCGAGCGAGCUCGUGUCCAUGCUCCCCUACACAGGCCAGUUCAGGUCCCUCGACAAGGCCGCCGUGGUGGUGCUCAAGAGCGAGGUCGACCUCGACGGCCUCCCCAAGGACCCCAUGGCGACUGUGCAGCAUGCAGCAGCCUUUGCGCAGACGAACACCUACGUCGUCGUUCAGGCGGCACAGUCCGACUGCCACUUCCGCGCCGGCGGCGGCGUCGAGGCGCCGCCAGGGUCGUUCACCAUCUUUCCGAUGCUCGCGCUCACCGUCUGGAUCCCUCUCUACGACCGCCUCGUCGUGCCGUGGAUGAAGAGGCUCACCGGACGCGACGAGGGCAUCACGCUGCUCCAGCGCAUGGGCGUCGGCAUGGUGUUGUCCUCCGUGGCGAUGAUCGUCUCCGGCGUGGUCGAGCAGCGCCGGCGCGUUCUCGCCGUGCUGCACGCCGUUGCCGGUGGCGGCUCCAUGUCGCGCAGCAAGGUGGUGUCGCCGCAGUCGGCGUUCUGGCUGGUGCCGCUGAUCGUCUCCGAGGCUUCCAAUCAGGUGAGCCAGAGGGAGUUCUACUACAAGGAGUUCCCGGAGAACAUGCGCAGCGUCGCCGGCUCGCUGUUCUUCACCGGCCUGGCGCUGUCAAACUACCUCAGCGCGCUCCUCGUCAGCGUCGUGCACCGCGCCACCGGCGGGAGCGAGGAAGGGUGA